AUGUCCGAAGUCGCUUCUCGGCCGGCCGCCUCGCGCGGCAGAGGCUCUGGUCGUGGCGGCAGAGGAGGCUUCGCCGGUCGAGGCGCCCGCAGGAUCAACGGCGACAAGUCUGACCACAAGCCCGCCGACGACAGCAUGGCUGCCUUCGACGAUGAAGGAGACUUUGCCGAGCUACGCAAGCAAUACGGCGAUAAGACGUCUGUCAUCCGCGAGAUGUUCCCAGACUGGUCCGAAGCCGACGUCCUCUUUGCCCUCCAAGAGACAAACGGCGACCAGAACGAGGCCGUAGCACGCAUUGCCGAAGGCACCAUCUCCCAGUGGGGCGAGGUCUCCAAGCCCAAGAAGACCACGCGCGCAAAGGCAGCAAAGGACCCCAACCACGCACCCGCUGCACCUGAUCCCGCCGCCUCGAAUCCUCGAAAUAUUCGCGGCGGUCGUGCUGUCUCGGAGGGAGGUCGAGGUAGGGCUCGCGGCUCCGACAGGGGCGGUCGUGGCGGUCGCGGCCGCCCUGCCAACGCCGGCGUCAACGGCACUCGCAACAAGGAGAACCAGCAGCUAUCUGUGCCUACCGAAGAAUCCUCCGCCUGGGACAACGAGCAGCCAAAUAUGGAUAAUGCCGAUCCCAAACCCGCCGUUGCCGCCAAGCCCACCACUCAUGAUGCUCCGCAGUCCGCCGCUCCUCAGGCUAAGACCUGGGCCAGCAUGCUUCGCCAAUCGACCGCCCCGAAAGCUGCUGUUGCCCCCAAGGAACCGCUUGCUCCCAAGCCCGCCGAAACCACAGAACUGCAGCCCACAGCAGAGCCGGUUCCUCCUGAGCCUGAAGCUGCCGAGCCGAUUGAGGAGACGACACCCGUCGCCCAAAACGUCGUGCCUGCUGCAGUUCCCACCAUUGCCGAACCAGAAAUCACUCUUCCCUCCGCCAGGGCCGAACUGACGGAGACGAAUCUUGAACAGGUUGCUGACGCCUCCAACCCGCCCGCGACCGAUACCGCCGCUAGCACCGCUGCCGACUCUUGGGACCCUCGACAGAGCCCUGUCAGUGCUUCCGCCACUCCUCUCUCGGCCGCUCAGCACCAACACCAAACCCAGCGCACGGCAACCAGCGGUUUUGCCGCCUCUGCCAUCAAGGCGACGGCGGAGCGAUCCGCGCGCACGCCUAGCCACCAGCGGCGAGUGCUGGACCAGGAAGAGGCUGUCCGCAUGCCCGGUAACCGCGAGGUGGAUCGUGCAGCCGUGCAGUUUGGGGCCUUUAACCUCUAUGGUGGCGACGAAGACAUUGACGGAGAGCGCGAGGAGCCUGAGACGCGAGCCCAGCCUCCGGCCGACUCCCCUGUCGCGCAUCCACGUGCCUCGUUGCCUCCGGUCUCGCAGCCUGUUGCUGUGCCCGAGGCUUACCCUCAGAAGCCUGCUGCCGCCAUGCCGGCCAGUGCUUCCGGAGUUGCCGCCACGACACCUGCAGCUCAUCCACCAGCUUUGCUUCACCGCCGUGGUACUGACCGAAAUCCAGCUCCGAGUGCUCAGCAAUAUGGCCGGUUCGGCCACGGCGGCGCCCAGGACGUUGCAGCGACUUCGCAGAAACCAGCGGAUCCGUUCAGCCACCAGAGCACGUCGGCCGCGCAGCCUCCGUUUGAAAACUUUGGCACGCAGUCGUCGCAGCCCCAGGCUCAACAGCCAGGCGCAGCGGGGGCGUACAGCUCGGCUCCGAGCGAAUACUCCAACUACUACACGGCCAACCAGCCGGAGCGCAACCCAUACAACUUUUACGGCCAGCAGUACGGCAGCCAGCAGGGCGCGCACGGUCAGCACGAGGGCGGCGUGCCAUCUCAGCAACGACCGUUUGGUGGGUACAAUGCGCAGAACGAUAACCUCAGCCACGAAAGCCAGAACAGCGGGCACUCGACGCCCAACCCUACGGCCCAGGCUCAGCAGCAACAGCAGGCCCAGCAGCCGCAGGCCCAGCAGCCGCAGCAGCAGGGCGCGCCGGGCACGCAGCCACAAUCACAUGGUCAGCAGUAUCCCGGCUACAGCCAUCCAUACUAUAGCAACCCCUACUACCACCAGUACUACUCUGGAUACGGCCAGGGAGGCUUCGGACCGUACGGCGGCAAGGGGGGCAUGUACGGCCAGCCGUACGGCGUGUCGCCCAACGCUCCGUAUGAGCAACACGCAUCGUCGCCGGGCACCUUUGGCCCGUCGUCAUUGCACAGAGAAAGCGGGCUGGGCUCUGGCCUCGGCGACUACGGCCGGGCAGCGUCGGGACAGGCGGGCAAUCAGCCCGGGCUCGGGGGCACAAGCUUUGGCGGAUCGCACGACAGCUUUGCCCGCGGAGCGUCUUCGUUCCAGUCGCAGGGACAGUCGUUUAACAGCCAGGGGCAGCCGCCGGCUUCCGGGUCGUCUGACGAGCUGAAGUCGUACGGCGAGGCGAAGGCCGGGUCGGGCCCGUCGCCGUCUCUGGGAGGCGGGCCGCGGCCGGGAUCGGCGGCGAACAACGCGCCUGGGCAAAGCGGGCUCCCGCCGCCGCAGACGUCGCAGAUGGGCGGCGCGUCGUACGGCGGCUACCCCAGCCACCUGCAGGGCCACGGGCUUCACGGCGGCAGCGGCUACGGCGGCGCGGCAAGCCAGCAUGGCAGCACGCCGUACGGGUCGUACGGACAAGGGUUCGGCAGCGGAGGCUACUACGGCGGCGGGCAGCAGCAGCGCGGCGGCUGGGGCGGAAACUACCAUUAG